AUGCCGGCCAUCGACGUCUCGAUCAGCUUCCCUAGAGAGACCUUGUUCGUCAGGGUCUGCAAGAACUGCAGCCGGAAGCUCGCUGAUAGGUUUUCGAACAUUUUUUCUUGAAUUUUAAUAUGAGUCUUAAUCAGGUCACCAGUCUACAAGGACAUGGUGGAUCAGGCGGGAGAGGUUAGUUUCAACUCACAAUUUUGAAUUUAUAAGAGAAAAAGAAGAGUUUUUUCUUCGAACUUUCAAAAAGGGGCGUGGCCAGUGAAUGAGAACCCCUGUUGAUUAGACCUAAAAAAGUUGGAGAAGGCGAAUAUACGUUUUUUGACUAGAGUUUAUCGGUAACCUAUAGUUUUUUGGAUAAGAAAUACGAAAAGGAACUCUAAAAGGGGAAAAUCACAUUAUAUCUUUAAGUCUAGUCCAAAUUUUUUUAUGAUUAGUUUUGGUGGUUUGCUGCUAUAAAGAACUUUAUUCUUUUACAUAUUUGGGAUGAAUUUCCUAAUAACGAACUAGAUUGCCUGAAUUCAGUCUUUCUUAGAAACUGCAAAGCAAGGAGAGCCAGUCAGAAUAGUUAAAGAAAAACCUCAAAGAAAAGUUUUUUUCUUUAACUUCAGCGUUUUUCCCGACUUUAAUAUUUUUAGAACGACGUCAUAAUCAACGACUUCGGGUCAGAUGUCAUCCGGUGGCUCCUCAACUUUGCCAACGACAAUUUGGACGUUGGCUCGAUUCCUCCGGCCGACUACGAGAAACUCCUCAACGUCGCGACCGACUUCAGACUGGAAGGCUUGCAAAGGCUUUGCGAGGACCUCGUCAGCCAAGGACUCAGCCGGGAGGACACCGAAGACAUGUUCGAGUUCGCUGAGACCUGUUCCGAUCUCUUUUUAUGGAUGCAGGCGAUGCUUGUGAGUAGAUUUCUUGCAAAAAUUCAAUUUUUAAAGAAGCAAAUGUUAAUUUCACAAAAUAUCUUGUAGUGAAGAGUCGUUUUUUGUGUUCUUUCGGCAUCUUUGAAAAUUCCCUGAAACCCUGGAAAGACAGUUUUGCAGACGCUCACUGACGUCUCGAAGAAGGUCUACAUGGAGGUGAAGCUGGCUGGGCUGGUCAGCGACAGGAUCGACCUGACCGUCGACCAGUACAUCACGCUUCUGAAGGCGGCCGGAGAAGCCCGAAUCGAAGUGGUCAAGAUGACCAUCGAGCAGAACUUGCUCAGCUAUUUGAGCCACGAGAGGUCCGCCGAGGUCGCCAUUAUGGCGCUGAAAUACGAGAUGCCCAGGUUGAGAGAGCAUGCGCUUGAGGUGAGUAUGAGAAAGACUCAAAAGUCUCUUCUAACCAUUCUCAAUGCGACCAAGAUGUUCUGCUAUUGAGAAUUUUUUGAACAAAAAAUAAUCCUUUAGGUAGGGACCGCAGGCCAAUUUCCAAAGUCAGUGAUAUAAAGUGGAAACCUAUAUGAAAAGAAAGUUGAUGGCAAUCCCCAAUCGGUACAGGAAAACUGUUUUAAAAUAUAAAAAAGAACCAAAAUGCAACGAAAAUGACGAAGUUUUUUGAACAGCGAAGUGGGCGUGGCUCUGCGGUCCCUACCUUUAGGCACCUUUCAGCCUUCAAAUCCAAAAAAAAAGGAAUCAAUUCCAUUUUUCAGCUCUACGUGGAGCAGUGCAAGAGCACGUACGAUCAGGACCCCUUCCGGGAGUUCAGAAAAUUCCCGGUGAUUCUACUGGAACUGAGACAAUUCUUGCGUUUUCCUCUUUCCGAGUCGCACAUCUUCGAGAACAUCUGUGAUGGAAUUAGCGAGGAAGAGUUCGAGAUUGAUGUGGAGAUGUAA